UCCAAAAAUAAAAAUUACUUUGAUAUAUAUGCGUAUUUUCAGAGACCGUGCCAUCUAAACGAUUUGCUACACAUACCCCUGUCGUUAUUUGGUUUACAUAGCUGCCAUAUCUAUUCAAUUUAUAACAAAAUACUAUUUUAAGCUAAAGAUCGAAAUUGGGAACAGAAAAUGCAGUGUUAAUUAUAAUUAACAAAAAAUAAAAAUUUGGCAAAUUUGAAAUGAAGAAGUUAACAGCUUUACUUUGUAGCAGUUCUUUUUUUUUCAUUAUUAUGUGCCUGUAUUUCUUUUUGGAUCAAUUUAGCUCAAAUACAUAUAAUGAUGGCUUUCAGGAAGAGACUAAUAAUGUUCAGCAAAGUAUCCACGAUCUUCAAAAAAAAGUUUAUGAAAUUGGUGAUAUCUUAGAUUUUUCAAGUAGAGCUAUUGAAACCAUGAAUAAGAAAAUUGACAAAAUACACGAUAAUAAUAACAAAAUAAAAACAGGAAAUAGAACUUAUAUAAAGUUUAAUCCACAAAAAGUUAUUUAUGGUCAUAACAAAGAAGAAGAUCAUUUGUGUUUAUUUACUAGUGUUUUUAACUCAACAAUUGAUAUUAAGAUGGCAGAUGUUUAUGAUGAAGUGCCUUUUGAUAAUAUCAAUGGUGGAGUAUGGAAGCAAGGCUGGGAAGUUGAAUAUAGAAAAGAUGCUUUUGAUAAACAAAAAUUGUUAGUAUUUGUCAUGCCACAUUCACAUAAUGAUCCUGGCUGGUUAAAAACAGUUGAUGAAUACUUUCAUGAUCAAACUGUCAAGAUAAUAUCAAAUGUUGUCGAUGCGCUUGCCAAAAAUGUCAAUAGGAAGUUUAUAUGGGCUGAAACCUCUUAUGCUGCAUUAUGGUGGGAUCAAGCUUCUCCUGCUAAAAAACAGCUAUUCCAAGAGCUGAUUCACAAUGGUCAGUUAGAAAUAGUAACUGGUGGAUGGGUAAUGAAUGAUGAAGCUAAUACACAUUACUUUAAUAUAAUUGAUCAAAUGGUUGAAGGUCACCAGUGGAUGGAAAAACAUGUUGGAAUUAAACCUAAAAAUAGCUGGUCUAUUGAUCCUUUUGGUUAUUCUCCGACCAUGGCAUAUAUUUUAAAAAGAAUGGGAUUUGAAAGUAUGUUGAUCCAAAGAGUGCAUUACAGAAUAAAAAAAUAUCUUGCAGAAAAUAAAAAUUUAGAGUUUAUGUGGAGACAAAAUUGGGAUCAUGGUUCAACAACUGAUAUUUUUACACAUGUAAUGCCAUUCUACAGCUAUGAUGUUCCUCAUACUUGUGGGCCUGACCCAAAAAUUUGCUGUCAGUUUGAUUUUAAAAGACUUCCUGGUGGAGGUGUGUAUUGCCCUUGGCAUAUACCUCCCAGAGAGAUUCAGGAUGAUAAUGUUAAAGAGCGUUCAGAAACACUUUUAGAUCAAUAUAAAAAAAAAGCACAACUUUACAGAUCAAAUGUGGUGCUAGCUCCAUUAGGUGAUGAUUUUCGAUAUGACAAAGUUUUUGAAGUUUUAGCACAAUAUACAAACUAUGAAAAAAUCAUGGAAUAUGUAAACUCGCAUCCUGAGCUUAAUGCAGAGAUUCGGUUUGGCACUUUAAAGGACUAUUUUGAAGCAGUUGCUGAACGAGAAGGUGUGAAACCAGGUGAAAAACCACCAAGUUUUAAAACACUUGGAGGAGAUUUUUUUACUUACGCAGAUCGCGAUGACCACUAUUGGAGUGGUUAUUUUACUUCUAGAUCUUUUUUUAAGCAUAUGGACCGAGAGUUGACCGGACAUCUUAGGGCUGCAGAAAUUAUUUAUUCUCUUGCAAAAAGUUACCAUAAAAAUACACAACAAUUUCCAGAAGAUAAUUUGUAUUCUGAACUUAUGCAUGCCAGAAAAUCUCUUGCAUUAUUUCAGCACCAUGAUGGAGUCACAGGUACUUCAAAGAAUCCAGUAGUUAAUGAUUUUGGUCAGAAAAUGUUUGAUGCAAUUAAAUCUAGCAUUAAAGUUAUGGAAUCUUCUGCAAACUUUUUAUUGACUCACAAAAAUUUUCAGUAUUCUGAUUCCAUUGGCGAUACUCAAAUUUUUUUGUUUGGUGAAAAUCGAAUGUCGUUUGAUUCAUUGCCUAUAAAAAAUCUUAUUAUUAUAUCAGACAAACCUUCACAAGUUGUUUUUUUUAAUUCUCUUGCACAAGAACGCAAGCAGACUGUCUUCUUGCAUGUUUCUGAACCGUUAGUAGAAGUUAAAAGUUUUACUGGUGAAGCUAUUCCAUAUCAAGUCAGUCUAUUAUGGAAAGACAGUCUUUCUGCUCAUAAUGCAAAAUAUGAAGUUUCAUUUGUUGCUAUUAUCCCAGCGCUUGGUUUAUCAAAGUAUUUUAUUUCUCGUGCAGUUACAUCAAAUACGUCAUACUUAUCUGUUACAACAACUCACAAUAUUAAUCAGCCGACUAUCAAUGAAAAAUUCAAAGUGAGUGCUAGUAAUGCAAAAGAGAUUUAUGUGAAAAAUGAUUACUUAAAGGCUGUUUUUGAUGCAGAUACUGGCUUAUUAACUGAUCUUUCUACUGACGGAAUAGUUCUUAAGAAAGUGCAGAUUAUUUUCAUGUCAUAUGGCACUGUUGCUAAUAUGGACAGAAGUGGAGCAUACCUCUUUUUACCCAGUGGUGAAGCCACGUCUAUUGUUGAAAACAAUCCACCUAUUACAAUCACAUCUGGGCCAAUAUACACAGAAGUAAUGACACGACUUCAAUAUGUAAUACAUAAAGUUAGAAUUUAUCACUCAGACACCUUAGAAGCACGAUCAUUAGAUAUUCGUAAUGUUCUUGAUAUCAGACAAACUAAUAAUUUUGAGUUUGUAAUGAGAAUUGAAAGUGAAAUACAAAAUAAUGAUCGAGAAUUUUUCACUGAUCUUAAUGGGUUUCAGAUGCAAAGACGUAAAACAUUGGCAAAAUUACCUUUACAAGCAAAUUUUUAUCCUGCACCUUCAAUGAUAUUUAUACAAGAUAAAAAAUCUAGAAUUACUCUACAAACACAACAGGCAAAUGGUGUUGCAAGUCUUGAGCAAGGUUUUAUUGAAGUUGUAUUAGAUAGAAAAUUGAAUCAAGAUGAUAACCGGGGAUUAGGACAAGGUGUCAUGGACAACAGGGUGACUCUGUCAGCUUUUAGACUUAUUCUAGAAAAUUUUGAGAACCCUCCACCAGAGAAAACUUCACUAAUUGCUUACCCAUCAAUGUUAAGUAUGUCCUUAUCCCAUCAAUUACAAAAUCCAAUAUAUGAUUUUGUUGUUGCUGCAAGUGUUCCUAUUAAUCAGUUCAAUUCAGUUUUUUCUGGUCUCAAAAUUCCUUUACCUUGUGAUUUACACUUGCUUAACUUGAAAAUGUUACAAGAUAACAAUAGAGUUGCUCCUAGUGAUACUGCUGCACUGUUUCUUCAUCGAAUUGGAUUUGACUGUGCAUUUAAAAAAAUUUGUUUAACAAAUGAGGUGACUUAUGCAGAAAUCUUUGAUCCAUUAAAUAUUUUACAUUUAGAAGAAACAUCUUUAAGUCUAAUGCAUUCUCACAAGUUUCUGAACAAAAAAAAUAAAAUCAAUAUUUCUCCAAUGGAAAUACAAGCUUACAAAAUAAAACUUACCUAGUUUUACUAAUAAAACUAAUAUGUGUCUGUUUGUGUAUUAAAGAUUCUUUCAAGGCAACACCUAUUAACUAUUUAUGUUUUUUUACAUGAUUGUAACUUAGUCGAGGUAAAUGGUUACAAAGAACCAACCUAAUGUAUAUUUGUUACCUAAUGUAUAUUACCAAUUUGGCUAUAAUACGAGCCUUUAGAACAAACAAAUUCUAAAUGUUUACUACAUCACAAAAUUUUGCAACAUUGUGAAUAAAAUAAAUGUUAAAAACCAUUAUGAAUGCAAGUGCUAUAUUGA